CCAACAGAAGCCUCCACCUCUGCGGUCAUGAGGGUCAUCUAACCUUUUCACAGCUCCAGCGAAUGCACACAGCCGCCGUCGUUUCUUCGUCUUCCUCUCAGCGCCGGCGCUCCCACUCGUGCUCCCUCCCCCACUCGCGCUCGGCACGCAGGCCACGCGGCGGCGCUCAGGCUCGGGAUAUCAGCGACGGCGGGGCGGUCCCAGGCUUGUCGUCUUCGUCAGCGGCUCCCCCUCCUGCCUCUCGCCAAUCGCCUCGCGCCCUCGCCUCUGGUUCUCCGCACACAGCCCGGCGACCCUGCGUGCGCCCCUACCGCCUCCGGUGGACCAUCGACGGCUCCUGGCCCGGCGGCUGCGCUGCACGCCGCGCGCGGCCGGCGGGCAGCGGGAGCUAGCAGCCGCUGCUGCACCAAGGCGGUCGCGCCGCUUUGGGAGCGCUUUUGCCCCAAAGCGAAGCAUUACCAGUCCGCUUAACGCUUCAGCGCGCUGAAGCGUGCGUUUAGUUCCGCUUUUUGGAACCCUGUGCUGACUUCUCUUUCGAGGAUCUAGAGCGCACAAUGAUAUUUUGCUAGCGUUAUGCUCUUCAACUCGCCAAAAUCAGCAAAACGAAUAGGAGUACAGUUCCUAUCAGUUGCAAGUGCAGACUGCUUUGGUCGAGAUGUCUCUCCGACGCACUUUGCAUCCCUGUUAAAGGAAUGCAGGUCUGUGAAUACAGUUCGUCAAAUUCAUCAGAAGAUAAUUGCUUGCGGCCUUCUUUCGUAUCCAUCAUCUUUGUUGUCUGUGCCACUCGCACCACUUCCAUCACAUUCAUAUGUAUCACCAAAAUCUUUGGGCACCGGUGUUGUAGCUUCCUAUCUUGCUUGUGGUGCUACGAAGGAUGCUCUCUCAGUGUUGGAGCGUGUCACACCAUCACCAGCCGUGUGGUGGAAUCUACUCGUAAGAGAACACAUCAAGGAAGGCCACCUUGAUAGAGCAAUUGGUGUAUCUUGUCGCAUGCUGCGUGCUGGAACUAAGCCAGACCAUUUUACUCUGCCGUAUGCGCUGAAAGCAUGUGGAGAGCUACCUUCAUACUGUUGUGGAAGAGCAUUACAUGGACUCAUAUGUUGCAAUGGAUUUGAGUCAAAUGUCUUUGUCUGCAAUGCAUUGGUGGCAAUGUAUUCCCGCUGUGGUUCUUUGGAGGAUGCCAGUCUGGUGUUUGAUGAAAUAACACGGAAGGGAAUUGAUGAUGUUAUCUCAUGGAAUUCAAUUGUUGCUGCCCAUGUUAAGGGUAGUAAUCCGCGGACUGCAUUAGAGCUGUUUUCAGAGAUGUCAAUGAUUGUUCACGAAAAAGCUACAAAUGAAAGGUCAGAUAUCAUUAGCAUUGUCAACAUUCUUCCUGCAUGUGCUUCUCUAAAGGCAUUGCCUCAAAUUAAGGAAAUCCACAGCUAUGCCAUUCGGAAUGGCACAUUUGCAGAUGCUUUUGUGUGCAAUGCUCUGAUUGAUACCUAUGCAAAGUGUGGGUCAAUGAACGAUGCGGUAAAGGUUUUCAAUGUAAUGGAAUUCAAGGAUGUCGUUUCUUGGAAUGCAAUGGUUACUGGAUACACCCAAAGUGGGAACUUUGGGGCAGCCUUCGAGCUUUUCGAGAAUAUGCGCAAGGAAAAUAUCCCACUAGAUGUCAUAACGUGGAGUGCUGUAAUUGCAGGGUAUGCUCAGAGGGGGUGUAGCCAAGAGGCCCUUGAUGCAUUCCAGCAAAUGAUUCUUGAUGGUUCAGAGCCAAAUUCUGUCACUAUCAUCUCUCUAUUGUCUGCUUGCGCUUCCUUGGGAGCAUUGUCUCAGGGCAUGGAAAUUCAUGCAUACUCUCUGAAGAAGUGUCUUUUAUCCUUGGAUAAUGAUUUUGGUGGUGACGGUGACGGUGAGGAUCUAAUGGUGUACAAUGCAUUAAUAGAUAUGUACUCAAAGUGCAGAAGUUUCAAAGCUGCACGCUCCAUAUUUGAUUCCAUACCUCGAAGAGAACGUAAUGUGGUGACUUGGACCGUCAUGAUUGGUGGAUAUGCACAAUAUGGAGACUCAAAUGAUGCCCUCAAGAUUUUCUCAGAGAUGAUUUCAAAACCAUACGCAGUUGCCCCAAAUGCUUAUACAAUUUCCUGCAUUUUGAUGGCCUGUGCACAUCUGGCAGCUCUUCGUAUGGGUAAGCAGAUUCACGCUUAUGUCACCCGUCACCAUGAAUAUGAACCAUCUGUGUACUUUGUGGCAAAUUGCCUUAUUGAUAUGUACUCAAAGUGUGGUGAUGUUGAUACUGCUAGAAAUGUAUUUGAUAGCAUGCCUAAAAGGAAUGAAGUAUCUUGGACUUCAAUGAUGUCAGGGUAUGGAAUGCAUGGUCGUGGUAAGGAGGCUUUAGACAUAUUUGACAAGAUGCAGAAGGCAGGCUUUGUUCCUGAUGAUAUUUCCUUCCUGGUUCUUCUUUAUGCUUGUAGCCAUUCUGGCAUGGUGGAUCAAGGUCUGAAUUACUUUGAUAUCAUGCGCAGGGAUUAUGAUGUAGUUGCCAGUGCAGAGCAUUAUGCUUGUGUUAUUGACUUACUGGCUCGCUGUGGGCGAUUAGAUAAGGCAUGGAAAACAAUUCAGGAAAUGCCAAUGGAGCCUAGUGCAGUUAUCUGGGUUGCAUUACUUAGUGCCUGUAGAGUUCAUUCGAAUGUGGAACUUGCUGAAUAUGCUCUGAACAAACUGGUCAAUAUGAAAGCAGAGAAUGAUGGAUCCUACACACUUAUCUCCAACAUAUAUGCUAAUGCAAGGCGGUGGAAAGAUGUAGCAAGAAUCAGACAAUUAAUGAAGAAAUCAGGGAUUAAGAAGAGGCCAGGAUGCAGCUGGGUCCAAGGUAAGAAGGGUACUGCAUCAUUCUUUGUUGGAGAUCGAUCACACCCUCUAUCUCCAGAGAUAUAUUCUCUUUUAGAGAGAUUAAUUGGCCGCAUCAAGGUUAUGGGUUAUGUCCCCGAGACAAACUUUGCACUGCAUGAUGUUGAUGACGAGGAGAAAAAUAAUCUUCUCAGUGAACACAGCGAGAAGCUUGCUCUCGCAUAUGGGCUCCUCACGACUUCCCCUGGUUGUCCCAUACGGAUCACAAAGAACCUUCGUGUUUGCGGUGAUUGUCAUAGUGCAUUCACCUACAUCUCCAAGAUUGUUGACCAUGAGAUCAUUGUACGAGAUUCCAGUCGCUUCCAUCAUUUCAAGAAUGGCUCUUGUUCCUGUGGUGGCUAUUGGUGAUACCUUGUUCUGUGAAAGCAGCAGGGGUGGAUUCAGGCCCUGGGCCACCUGGGCCAUGACGUAAAUGCCUAGGGUUUCAGAGAUGAACAGGGCAACUCAUGAGCUGGGCAGCGGGAGACAAGCGGCGCGUGGGAGCGGGAGCGAGGUGACGAGCGGGCGGCACGGGCUGCAGGCCGACGGCCAACGGGACUCGGGAGCCUAGCCCAGAGCCACAAGAUAACGCAGGCGGGAGAUACUAGCGCGUGCAGCAACCAGGUCUAGAAGAAAGGAAGCCCAGCUUUAUCCUGGAGCCAAGAAGCCGAGGUGAGAUUGUGGUUGGACUGGAAGGGAGCGAGGGAGCAGCCAGGCAUGGAGGAGCCUGUUCCGGCUGAUCCCCAAGAUUUUCUUGAAGCCAAGGAGAUCAGGUUCAGUGUUCUGCAGGGAUCAGAUAUGAGCAAUAAUAAUCUUGAGGCAGUGACACUCCUUAUAAUCUUCCUUCGAAUCUCCAGAGCUUGUGAGUCAUUUAGUUAUGUUUAUAUGUGUACUUAACUAUUCCCAUUUAUGUUUUAAAAAUAUUUUUGGGGGUCUUACUUACCUGCUAUUUAGAAAUCUUGUUGUAAAUAACUUCAUGUGGGACAGUACCUUACUCCAUCUUCCCCUUACUGACUUGUAAGUUCAUCCUUACCACCUACUCUAUUUACAAGUUUACGUUCUUAAACCAACAUUUAGCAAUCUUUGCAGAAAUGUCAAAAACAACCAAUUCACCGGUUGAGUACCUGAUAAACUAAAGGGGAUCGAUAAUCUCCAAUAAGUACCUUUACUGCAACAGUUGUGGUGACUUUUAUUUGACACACUAUGUUUUGUAUAAAACCGGCUCAGGGCUUUUUUAAAUCCUAGAUCCGCCACCGUCCGCAAGGGUGAAGCAGCUGUCCUUCCUAAGGUUAUGCCCUUUGUUCCUAGUUCUUCUCUGCUUUAGUUUAUUAUGUAUGUCUAAAGGUAUUUCUUUUUCAAAUUUAGUUGUCAUCAGCUGUUUGAGGAUUUGUUAAACUGCUGGUCAAAUUUCUUAGCUGUAGAAUGGAUGAAAGGGAGGAGAGCGCUCACAUCCGGUCGACCGGUCGUUUUGGUGGAACGGGAGCAUUUCAACUAUUUAUGGUAAAUUUUUAUAUGGAGACUCUAGUAGCCGCUCCGGUCCUCUUUUAUUGGAAACCAAACAUCCAAAAAUAGGAAUGUAGUCACUUCAUUCUCCUUCACUCCUCAACCAAACACACCCAAAGCCAGGAGCCAGGAUCUAAUUCAAUUGGUGCAUCAUCUAUUCAUCUAGAAUGUCAUCCCAAGCCAGGCUUCUUUGCUUUGUGGUGACUGCCAUUGCAAAGCUAGCAACAUGCCAUAUUGAGUUGCUUCGGGAAGCACGGGUGUCAUUGGGUAAGUUUGCUCGUUCCCGAACCUCAGACAGGAGAGUCUGGCAAUGGGCCUGUGACUAUUUAGGGCUCAUGAAUGAACCAGCCAUCUGUUUAUCAGUACUGGGACCGUCCACUGCCCAAGGUAAUGGUCCUGGUGUUGUGCAUUGGCGUGGAGGAGGAACAGCGAUGGUAGUUCACGUUCCUUUUUUACCUUUUAGCAGAGCAAAAAGGUAAAAAUUCUGCAAGCACUUCUUUAGUUAAAUGUGGAAUAAGCAUCCUUUCAUAUUCUUUAAGGGAGCUGUAUAUAUGCUUACAAUCUGAGCACAGCGAUGUGAAAUAUUUGCACUUUGACUGAGGUACUAAAACUGAAGUGUCAUAGCAUCAAGGGGAGACACUAGCUAAACAAACCUGUUGUUUGCUUAUGUAAAAUAUCAUGCUUGUUUUGUAUCUAUUGGUAGUUCAUAAUAUUAUCUUAUAUAGAAAAUGCCAAAGUUUGUAUUGCAGGUCCACCGUUUCAUGAUUUUCAUUUACCGACCUCCUCCCAACAAAAUGAAGAUCGGUUCAGUCUGGCAUGAUUUCUCUAGCAGAAUGCCUUGUGCAUAUAUAUAGCGACCUUAUUUUGUGAUCGUAGCGACGUAGCAUGCUGAAGAUCCAAGCUCCUUUUCGAGAAAAGGUCUGGUCUGGACAUCCAAGCAGAGAGUCUUGUACACAUGGUUGACUAUUUCAGAGGCACACUCAGGUGCACCCGUGUUUGUACAUGGAGCGCCUGAUUGGCUAAUUGGAUGAGCGUCGCGUGGCUUUACGCUGCAGCUGCUCGUGCAGUCUCUGCCUUGUGUAUAUAGGAACCAAACACUGUCAUGCGUCAUAAAGAUUAAAGAGCUGUUUUGUAUGAAAUACAUGCUCAGAUGUGAUACCUGGUGACGAAAUCUCAGACAUCGAGUUGGCAUUGCUAAGGAAUGAAGCCAUAUUAUAUUA